AUGGGUGAAGUAGCUGAUACACUAACGAAGAAGAAGAAGAAAGGGAGGCCAUCUCUGAUAGAAGUCCAGAAGCGAGCUCUGAAACAUCAACAAUUGCUACUGCAGCAAGAGAUAGGAGAGCCCAGGAAAGAGCUUAGAUCCGGUUUCAAAAACCCUAAUUCUCUCUACCGAUCCAGUCGCCGGAGAUCCAAUCUAAACGAGGCUUUUGAGGAAUCAGAUGGAGACGACGACGACGAUAAGAGGAGGGACAAAAAGCGCCGGAUGUUGCACGGGUUCAACUCCAACGACCGUCUUCAUUCUUCUACUUUGAAAUAUGACGGCUGCGAUUUGGACGCCAAUGCAUCCAUCAGGCGCCGGAUAAUCGGUGCCGCCGGAUCUGACUAUAAGGGACAGAAGGCUUCAAAAGGGACAGACAUUCUUCAAAGGUCUCUUGUGGAGUCUGAGCCCUUUACACCAUUGCCAGACAAAAAGUUGCUGUUGUUUAUCGUUGAUAGACUUCAAAAGAAGGAUACAUAUGGAGUGUACUCUGACCCAGUUGAUCCAGAGGAGCUUCCUGAUUAUCAUGAUAUUAUCAAGAAUCCGAUGGAUUUCAGCACAUUGCGACGGAAAUUAGAAUCCGGGGCAUACGCUAGCUUAGAACAAUUUGAGGCAAGUCUUGUACUUGAACGUACAAUUCUUCUCACUGAACUAUCACUUGGCUGUCAAGACGUGUUUUUAAUAUGUACAAACGCAAUGGAAUACAAUUCAGCAGAUACAGUAUAUUAUCGACAGGCACGAGCUAUGCUUGAGAUAGCUAAAAAGGAUUUUGAAAAUUUAAGACAAGAAAGUGAUGAAGAAGAGCCAGUGACACUGCGACAACAACCAAAAGUGGUCGAAAGAGGCCGUCCUACAGGAACAUGCCUUAAGAAACAGCCUGAGCCAUCUUCGGUUGACCGUACUAUUUCUGAAAUCUCAGCUGAGGCAACAGCAACGCAGACUCUUGGUGGAGAUAACUCUAGAUCAUCCGGUGCUUAUAAUCUAAGAAGUGCACAUCCUUCUUACAGAUUCCGUCAAUCAGAAACUUCGGUUAGAAUCAACCAUUACAACGAGAACCAAAGUGGCUUGUUGAUUGAUUGGGAGAAGGAGUUUCCACCUUCGGUUGUGAAGGCCGUCGAUAAAUACGGGAUGAAGAAUGUCGAGAACAGGCGAGAUACCUACAACCACGUCUCCACUUCCUCGCAAGAAGAUUCGAUUUUUGCCACGUUUGAUGAUGCUUUAAAACAGUUAACUCCAGUUGGUUUAAGAAAUGAAUAUGGGUACGCUAUGAGUCUAGCACGAUACGCCGCGAAACUUGGUCCUGUUGCUUGGAGAUUCGUCAGUAAAAGGACUGAAACAGCGUUACCAACUGGAAUCGAAUUUGGUCCCGGUUGGGUUGGAGAGAACCCAGAAACUCCUCCUCCUCAACAGCAAAUCUCAUUGUCGGGAAAGCAAAAGGGUUGGAAUGACUUGGCACCUGAUGAUGAUCGUCCUCAUUCAAGCAGAAUCAUGUCUCCGACCACCUCUGUCUCUAGCUCCAUCGUAGGAAACAUUCAUUCUUCCCAUGAAAGCAAAGAGUCUGCGGCAGCAUCUGCUCGCUUGUUUAAUCAAGAAAGCGAGAGCAAGGAAACAUUAACGCAAAGCAGAAGCUGGAAACAGCUUUCUCGCGACAAUAAUCCGAACCAGAUGCUGGAAACAGCUUUCUCGAGACAAGGCUUGCUGCCUAACAGAAAACAUGAAUUUAACCGGUUUCCACCUGAUCUCAACGUGAAGCUCGUCUCCCCAAACUCACCAGUCUCUAACCUUCAGGCAGCUUCAUCGCAGCAUCCGGAUUUGGCAUUACAGCUCUGA